UGGGUUGUGUUGCCAUGACGACCGCUGGGUCGCUGGAGACCGGGCUGGAAACCUUCGCUGCGCUUUGGAAACUGUGUAACUAUCGAGAGAUCGUUCGCGGUGGUCCGACUUCCCAGGAGUACAUUGAACAUAGGUUCGCUGAUCUGCGCAGCGCUUUGCUGUCCUGUGGCGAAGCUGGAGUGGGCCGGCCUGCGCCUGCAGUCCAGGGCUUCUGUCCUUGCGGAGCCAUGGGCAGCAAGAGGAAGGACGCUGCCCUGCAGGUCAACAUCAGCACUCAGGAGCUUUGGGAGGAAAUGCUCAGUUCCAAAGGACUAACUGUUGUCGAUGUCUAUCAGGGCUGGUGCGGGCCCUGCAAGCCCGUGGUGAGCCUCUUCCAGAAGAUGAGGAUCAUGGUUGGCCUGGACCUGCUGCACUUUGCACUGGCGGAGGCAGACUGUCUUGACGCCCUCGAAAAAUAUCGCGGGAGGUGUGAGCCAACCUUUCUGUUUUAUGCAGGAGGAAAACUGGUGGCUGUGGUUAGAGGAGCAAAUGCCCCGCUGCUGCAGAAAACCAUCCUAGACCAGCUGGAGGCCGAAAGGAAGGUGCUGGCUGAAGGCAGAGAACGGAAAGCGGAAACUGGCAAUUUUCCCGCAAGAAAGACAAUCACCAGUGCUGGUGCCUCCUCCAGGGAAAAUGAGCUCUCUGCACUACUUCCUUGCACCAUCAAAGAUGAGGCUCUUUCCGAGGAAGAGGAACGCUUCUCCCACGAAAGGGACCGCGGUGAAGACGAGGGUGCGGUUUUAUCAGAGAAGACCUGUACCUUGGCGAUCAUUAAACCAGAUGCAGUGGUCCAUGGAAAGACUGAUGAGAUUAUCAUGAAGAUCCAGGAAGCUGGGUUUGACAUUUUAACACGUGAAGAGAGAACCAUGACAGAAGCAGAAAUGCGACUCUUCUACCAACACAGAGCUGGAGAGGAGGCAUUUGAGAAGCUGGUACAUCACAUGUGCAGUGGACCGAGCCACCUCCUGAUCCUCACCAGGACUGAGGACACUGAGGACGUUGUCACUGCCUGGCGAACCCUCAUGGGACCCUGUGACCCUAACGUGGCAAGGAGGGAGCAGCCUGACAGUCUCCGCGCUCAGUACGGCAUGGAAAUUCCCUUCAACGCGGUUCACGGAAGCCGGGACAGAGAGGCCGCCAGCCGAGAACUGGCUUUGCUCUUCCCCAGUUUUAAGUUUUCAGGCCAAGCUCCGGAAGCCACUCUGGACCCCACAUUUUGGGAAAACCGUGCUGGGUCAUUACCUCCAAAUCUGGGUGAGAAACCUAAGGAGUCCAGAGUGCAUGGGACUUACCCCAGCACACAAGUGGGAGAACCGGACCUGGCCCUGCUCCUGCUGCCGAGGUCUGCGUUUCUGGUUGGAGCCUGAGACCACGAGGAAGAGUGAGC